AUGAACGCGGACUCCUUUUUUAUAUACACAUCAACGCUUGAAGGGAUUCCUAUAUGGGUAAUUAGUCAUUGGUAUCAGCAUCCAUGCAUAUAUGAUCCUAAUUUACCUUUGUGCAAGCUUUGAAUAUUAAUUAACCAGUCAAUGUUUCACGCCCCAGUAGAUAUCUUUACCAGCUCAUGCAAUGCCCAGCUUAUAAGUGCUGAUUAUUUUACUACCCUGCGAGAUGCUUUUAAAGCUGCUUCUCAUAACAUCAGAUUUUUCUUUAGAGAAGACAAAGAUGAUAACUCAGCCGAGCUUGAAUUGCAUAUGCCCAUGGAUGGAAACGCAAAAUUAUUUGUGUCAAUGUUUAAGACCAGGCUUGAAAAAAAUUUUAAAGGAGAGUUUAUUAAUGAUUUUUUGUUUCAAGUCUUGGAAGUUGUAAGGUUUAAAAACGAGAUUAUUGAUAGGCAAAAUAAAAAAAUUGAGGAUUUAGCUGGACUUUCGGUUGAGGUAGAUACAGCUAGGGUUGAAGUAGGUAAAUUAAAAGAAGAAACAGGACCAAGCUUGGCAGCACAGUUUAUAGGGAUCUUAAAUGAUUUGAAAAGCAGUAAAUUAACGCAAAAGACAGAAGUUAAGGAAGAAGAUGAAUUGGGUUCAAGUUUGCUAUCUGAUUUAAAUAAGAACUAG